AUGGCGACCAUUGAAGAAGCUUUUGACGUUGUUAGCAAGACAUUUCGAAUUUCUGCCUUAAAUGCGCCGCAAAAAAGCGGAAUUACGAAAAUAGUGGAAGAAGGAAGGGAUGUUUUUAUUAAUCUUCCUACUGGUUUUGGGAAAUCUCUUCUCUAUCAAGCAUUACCACUCGUGUUUGAUGUCACUUCAAAACAGCCUGGUCAUAUUGUGGUAGUUGUUUCACCAUUAAUAAGCCUUAUGGACGACCAAGUGUCUUAUUUGAGGGAACUAGGGCUUAAAGCAUGCAACAUAACUUCACUUGAGGACGGUGAACGCACUCGUGUUGUAAAUGGUGAAUAUUCCUUAGUUUACGGAUCACCCGAAGCAUGGCUGAAAAACGAACACUGGAGAUUAAUGCUGACGAACUCUGUUUAUUCCAAAAAACUAUGUGCGAUAGCAGUCGAUGAGGCGCAUGUUGUAAGGCAGUGGUAAGUCUUUAUAUAAAUAAGCGUCUAUAUCAUUGCAACAAGUUAUCCUUUGCAAUAGAUUUAUGCCGUGUAUUUUCUGUUUAAUGUGUAGGGGAACAUCUCAAGAUAAUAAAAUGGCUGCAUUCCGCGAGUGUUACUCAAAGCUAUACGAACUAAGGUCUCUCGCACCUAAUGUGCCUAUGGUAGCCUUGACUGCAACUGCAACCAAACUGACUAGAGACACAAUUUUAAGUCUUCUGAACAUGGAAAAUGUAGUGGAAAUUAAAGAAAGUCCCAAUAAAUUAAAUGUUGCCUAUGUUGUACAAUAUAUGGAUAAGGACACGGAACUUGAAUUUUAUUUCAGCUGGCUCACUGAUGAACUGAAAAACAGUCAGGAGAAAACAGACAGAACAAUCAUUUACUGCCAGACUAUAAGGCAAUGUGGUUUAGUUUACGCUACAAUCAAGGGUUUGCUAGGAACGAGCAUGUUUAUUGGAGAUGACUCAAAAAAUGUGCUUGUUGAAAUGUUGCAUUCGUGCACUCCUGAAGAAAAUAAGAAGACUAUUUUGGAGUCGUUUCAAUCUGAAAAUGGUAUUAUCCGUCUGCUAAUAGCAACAAUAGCCUUCGGAAUGGGCGUUGACUGCCGAGGUGUUCAUAGAGUCAUACAUUUUGGACCCUCCAAAAAUGUAGAGUCCUAUGUUCAAGAAACUGGUAGGGCAGGAAGGGACGGCCACCAAAGCAUUGCUUAUGUUUUAUAUCAUGGAGUUAUGUUGAACCAUAUUGACGCCCAUAUGAAGACUUUCGUUAAGACUAAAGAGUGCAGGAGGAAAAACAUUCUA